CUUUCUCUGUGUCGAGUUCUCUCGAGAAUCUGUCUCUCAGAGGGCAGAACCUUGUGGAAUUCGAUUACUGAGAGAGGAGACAAGGCGCUCGAUUUCAUUUUUGGAUGUGGUAGUUCCGUUCCAAUUCUUUUGGAAAUCAUCGAGAGGAAUUGAAUCAUGGAGGAAAGUUUUUUUGAUCUUGUUGAGUUUCUGAAGAGGCCCUCGAUUGCCGAAACAUUUGUCGACAUUUUGCUAUGUGCAGUUCCGAUCUGGCUCGCUGUUCUGAUCGGCUUGGUUAUCGGUUGGUCGUGGCGUCCUCGGUGGACGGGAUUGGUUUUCCUCGGCUUUCGGAGCAAGUUCAGAUUAUUGUGGACUGCUCCUCCCGGAUUUGGAGCUCGGCGGCUUUGGUUGGCCUUCACGGCUCUCUCUGCCUUCUCGGUCUGCCGGACUCUUUGGUCCAAUUUUUAUUGGAAGAGGAAAGCACCGCCCGCGCCGGCGGACUCGGAUUCUCCGGUGGCUUUUACGUUGAAGCACUCGGCAGAAGGGAGCGGGGGUGUAAUUGUCAAUAAUGAAGUGGAAAAAGAGCAGGAUAUUGUUACAGAGAAUGAUUUAGAUCACCUAUUGCAACUGCUUGAAGGAAGGGACGAACAGGCAGAAUGGCAAGGUAUGAUGCAAAGGUCGACCCCAAAUUUCGCAUAUGAAGCCUGGCGCCUUGAGCCUGAGAACAGACCAACAGUUUAUCGUAGUAGAACUGUCUUUGAGGAUGCAACCCCAGAGAUGGUUAGAGAUUUCUUUUGGGACGAUGAGUUUCGGACUAAAUGGGAUCCCAUGCUUACGUAUGUCAAGAUAUUGGAUGAAUGCCCUCAUACAGGGACCAUGAUUGUGCACUGGAUUAAGAAGUUCCCCUUUUUCUGCAGUGAUAGAGAAUAUGUCAUGGGUCGAAGAAUAUGGGAGGCUGCAAAAACUUACUAUUGUGUAACAAAGGGCGUACAGUAUCCAAGCUUAACCAGACGUGACAAACCUAGGCGUGUUGAUCUUUAUUUUUCAAGUUGGAUCAUCAGGGCAGUGGAGUCUCGUAAAGGAGAUGGAUUGUGGUCUGCUACUGAGGUUAUCCUAGUGCAUUAUGAAGAUAUGGGAAUCCCCAAGGAUGUGGCUAAGUUGGGAGUCCGUCACGGAAUGUGGGGAACUGUCAAAAAGCUGCACUCUGGUUUCAGAGCAUACCAAAACGCUAGGAAAUCAGACAUUUCUGUGUCCAGAAGUGCACUGAUGGCCAGAAUCACCACGAAGAUUGCUUUUGACAGAAGCUCGGAGUCCUCAGAGUCAGAAUCAGGUGAAGUACGAACUCAGGUAAUGCGGAGAAAGCACCAAAAUGAUUCUGGCUUAGAUUGGAAAUGGUUAGUCAUUGGUGGGGCAGUGGCUGUAGUCUGUGGACUUCGAACAGGUGCAAUUGGGAAAGCCUUGUUACUUGGGGCAGGACAGAGAAUGGCUCGAAGGUGAGAGAUGUCCAAAUUCGGCGCAGAAUCUGUAUCUAAAUGCAUUUUGAAGCUCGAGAAGUUUCUUAUAGUAGACGGACGCAUCAACCAAUAUAGCGAUUAACAGCAUAUGAUGAAUUUUUCUGAAUGGCUGUGAUAGAACCAACCUCUACAAACUUCCGGUAUUCCUGAGCUCCCUCCUUUUAUAUGUCAGUCUUUUGCAGAAAUGAUUUGAGUAUGGCAUGUGUAAUGGAACUCAGUUGUGACUUGAAUCAACCUUUGCAGCUAAUCAGAUCAUGCUUGUGUUUAGCUCUAAGCUUGAUUAGGAUUGUGGAUAUGUAAAUUAAUGGGGGGGCUUUGUUAAUGUAUUGAUAUCCAAAGCUAAGAUUGUUGAACUCUAGGACUACUCGGUUAUUUGAUUGUUUGUAGAUGACUUUUGGAGAAA